UCACAGAACCUAUGCCACCCGUCAAUCGAGCACCACGUAAUGAGUUAAUCGAGUGGUACAGCUCCAUUCCACCCAUCACAAGAGCUCUCUUGACUCUGAUGAUUGCAACAACAACAGCAUCAACUCUUGGUCUGAUUCAUCCGUCAUCACUCAUCCUUUACUGGCCUGGUGUGAAACAGAGAUUACAACUUUGGCGUCUCAUGAGUUGCUUUUUUGUAAAUAGACUCGAUUUAGGUUUUGCAUUCAACGUGUUCUUCUUGUACCGAAAUUCACUACAACUCGAGACUGAGGUAUUUCGAAACCAGCCUGCAGACUACAUUUUCUUUUACCUCGUUACCUCAGGUUUGCAGCUGGCUGCAGCUAGUUUUAUCAAUCUAUAUGUCUUGAGUGACGGUCUCCUGCUAUCAGCAGCCUAUCUCUGGUCUCAGCAUUAUCGUGACGUACCUGUGUCAUUCAUGUUUGGAAUUCGAUUCAAGGCAUAUUAUCUCCCUUGGGCUAUGAUUGCAAGUGAUUUUAUCAUGUCAGGAGGCGAGAUACCCAAGGCUUCGAUCGUUGGUCUAUUAUCAUCACAUAUUUAUCAUUAUUUAACUACAAUCUAUCCAAGCCAAGGCGGACGACGUUAUAUUCAAACACCCGAUUUCCUUCGCCGAAUCUUCCCUUCUCCUAAUCAACCAAGAAACAACCAUACGAACGUGUUUGGUAGACAUGCUUGGGGAAGAGGACGACGAUUGGAUAGCUAAUAAUAAAUGACUAUAUCAGCAUCUUUUUUUUAUUCUGUCAAACCGAAAAGCGUGUGAAAUCAUUAACUAAAUUAGUCUUCUUUGUAUUUUGGGCGGGCAGAAAAUAAAAUUUCUCAACAAUCAAAUCUUUUACCCACUAAACAAGGUUAUCUUCAAGUAUAACACAAUUUUAACUUAAAACUUGCAUCAGUUUAGUUGAAUUUAAGCGUGCUAUUAUUGUUCUCUGUUUGUUUGUUUGUCGCUCUUUAUUGUCAUACCUUCUCACACAUGUAGUAUAGUCUAGAACAGGUUUGAUGAUUUCCGAAACGCCCAAGCAAAUCUUUUUUAUAUUUUUA